CCCCACUCUACGAUCCCACCGGCUCUCAGUGCGAGCCUCCCAGCCACCGCGGGCCUCCUCCCACCUCCUCCCCCUCCUUCUCCUCGUCGGAAUGGCCGACAAACCAGACAGCUUUUUUGACGACUACCCCGAUGUCGACCAGUCAGGGUGCAGGCUUCUUGGCCCAACAGCUCUGGUCACUCAGGGUCUCAUGGGCGUGCUGGUCGUUGCCUCCCUUAUCUACAAGAGACAUCGAGAGAGCCCGAGACGCCCCUGGCGGAUAUGGCUCUUCGAUGUCUCGAAGCAGGUCAUCGGACAAAUGGUCAUACACGGAGUUAAUGUUCUCGUAUCCGACACUAUUGCCCACCUAUCCUCCGGCAAUGCGUGUGUGUUCUACUUCCUCAAUAUCCUUCUCGACACCACAAUAGGUGUCGGCAUCAUCUACUUUAUUUUGCACAUUACGACAUGGCUCCUCAGCGAGAAAUGUCAACUCAAAGGUUUCGAGUCUGGGCAGUACGGCUCACCACCCUCCUUCAAUUAUUGGAUUCGCCAGGCUACAGUCUACAUCUUCUCCCUCCUUUCCAUGAAGAUGCUUGUCAUCGCGCUCUUCGCCGUCUGGCCUGGCAUCUUCAUGCUCGGCGAUUGGCUCCUCACCUUCCUUGGUCCAAGCGAUGCCGUCCAGGUCAUCUUCACCAUGGGCCUUUUCCCUAUAAUGAUGAACAUCAUCCAGUUCUGGCUCAUCGACUCCAUCGUCAAGUCCUCGCAAGCCGCCGCCGUCGCCCUCCCCACGCUCACCCCCCGCUCCUCCACCGAUGGCGAGCACGAGCACGAGCCGCUCUUCCGCGCCUCCUCAGACGACGAAGAUAACGACGGCGCCUUCCCCGCGCGGCACGACAUCGAGAACCCGCGGCCGCGCUCGCGCUCGCUCUCCGCGGACGCAGACAGGCUCGGUCUCCCCGACGAGCCCAAGUCGCUCGGCUCGGGCACCUCGACCGCCGUCGGCUCGACCCCGGGCACGCCCAAGCCAAAACCGAUCGACAUCAAGCGCGGCGUGGAGGCGCACGCGUACCCGCCGAGCCUCGCUGGCUCGAGCGUCGACACGAGCUCAUCGGCUGCAAGCUCGUUGCACGGGCGGUCCAGGUCUCCGCGGGCGAAGCGAAAACACUCGCCGCCGCCGGCACUCCCGCUCCAGCCGAUGUCGCCGCAAGCUGAACGCCAGGCGACACGCCGGCAUACCCACAGCGAUAGCCUCACCCCUAAGCCCGCCGAUACUCAAUAUGAUGAGAAGGAGUGGGCGGACUGGGGUGAUGAGGGUGAUAACUGGGCAGAACGGGUGGGCGAGGAGGAAUGGACAGGUAGGCGUAUGGAGGCGCGCAAAGGGGAGCUAGACAACGUAUGGGCACGACAGCAUAGUGCGGCUCUAUCUAUCUCGUAGUACCAUAAGUAUGGGCCAGUCUGGGUUUGCUUGCUGUCUGCGCACUUUGCUGUCGUCUAUUGUGUACCAUACCCUGUCACCAUUAGUUCAUCUUCACACGGAAUGAUAGAGGACCACACUGCUACGAUUUACACGAGG